CUCCCACCUCGCCCGAGCCGAGCAGAGCCGAGCCGAGCCAAGUCUAGCGGCACCAUGCUGGGCAUGAUCAAGAACUCCCUGCUGAGCACGGUGGAGGCCUGGCCCUACCGGGUGCUGAGCAAGGCGGAGAAGGAGGAGCUCGGCUACGAGGAGCGGGAGUGCGAGGGUGGGCGGUUUGCGGCAGUGGAGGUGACGGGGAAGCCGUUUGACGAAGCCUCGAAGGAAGGAGCGGUAAAGCUCCUGAAGUACGUCGGAGGAAGCAACGACAAGGGGGUUGGAAUGGGCAUGACUGCUCCUGUCUCAAUCACUGCUUUUCCUGCUGAAGAUGGCUCCUUACAGCAGAACGUGAAGGUCUCUCUGCGGAUCCCGAGCCAGUUUCAAGCCGACCCUCCUUGCCCUAGUGAUGAAAGCAUUAAGAUUGAAGAGAGACAGGGGAUGACUGUUUAUUCCACGCAAUUUGGUGGCUACGCCAAAGAGGUGGAUUAUGUGAACUACGCUGCCAAGCUGAAGUCUGCUCUGGGGAGUGAAGCUGCAUACUGCAAGGAUUUCUACUUCUGCAAUGGUUACGACCCCCCUAUGAAGCCUUACGGGCGACGCAACGAGGUCUGGUUUGUGAAGGAGUGAGCAUCUGGCUCCCUGUUGUGCUGGCUUGCGCUGAUAACCUCCUCACACUAUGUUCCUGUGCUCUUUGAAAUAAUUUGGUAAAUAGUAACUAAUAAUUUGGCAGAGACAGAAAACCAUCAUUGCAUUCCUCCACACUUAUGCCUUGGACUUUUACGGACCAUCCAUUUCAGAAGGACACUGCAGAAUCCUGACAAUCCAGCCCCUUUUUUCUGGACCUAUGUGGUCCUCAACCACACAGACUCUUGUGAUCUUGCCGUGGCUUGCUUUUAUCUCUCUUGUGCUCCCAAAGUUCAAUGCUGUAACAGCCAAAAGUACUUGAUUAGCAAGACUGGUGCCUGACAGGAGUCACGUCCAAGCCCUGAGAGUAUUAGUCUCACCUGAGACAGGCGAGGCAACAGGAUGAAAGUCCGUACAGGGACAUUUUUAUCUUCUUGAGCAUGCUGCAGCUGCAAAAUGCUGCUUUUAUCUGGGCAGUUCCAAAAACAGGGUAAAGAGACAUGAGUGUUGCUGCCAACACAGCACAGUGAAAAUACACAUCCUUUACACUGACUCCUAGUGAGCAGGAGAGCAAAGCUUCUGUCAUCUGACUAAAAAAAUGUCAGUUAGAGGAAGAUCCAGGUUUCUGGAUCCUCCUGUUUGAGAUGAGGCAUUUUAGGGUAUGUCAUAUCCCGACCUCAGGUAGCAGCUGGAUGUUGUGAUAAGGACACCCCAGGAUCAUUUCUUCACCUUGUUGCUUGUGUGUAAUGUUUCUUUCAAACUAGCCUGUGCAAGGGCCAAAGCUCAAAAGUCUAGUGGUAAUCUAAUUGAAUUAGGAAAAAUAGAGGCUGUGAAAAGCACUUUUGAGCUGAGGGUAUAUUUGCAGUAUAGUGACCAUCUAGUGGAACUACUGUGGGUGCAAGUCUUUGGAAUAUGAUGUUAGUUUCUCAAGGGCUACUGAGAGCAGAGGCCUUCUUUAAAGGAGGAUAGAAACCUGGCUGUUGUUGAAAACAGGGAUUUACAUCAAAUGAGUAGCCUUUUGGAAACUUCAAAUACAAUAGUGAGGGUGAGUCUCAUUUUAGGAAGACUGUCAAUGUUUAACUGUUAGGCAUGAAACCAGCAUUUUAGCUGUCAGCUCUGCCAGGGAGGCAGCAGGAUAACAUGCUUGCACACUAUGCUGCUGUGGAUGCCUCUAUGAUUUGUUACCUCCACUGAAAGAAGUGUGUUCCCCUGAUGCCAAAGUACCCCAAAGUUCAGGUGCUUUCCAAAAGCCAUUUUCCCCCUGGAGCUGAAAGAGAGAUUUGUCAGAUAGCAUGACAGGUUCUGGCUGGUCACGCUGUUUGACGUGAGCCUGCUUUCUGAGAACAAAUCUCAGCACUAAAAGGAGAAAACCUGAGGUUCUGACGUGCCUUUUCUGUCUUGCUGAGCCAUAUAAGAGCUUUGCUGUGGACUUCAUGAGAGAGUUUCAGUCACCUGUGUGCAAAAGCAGCUAAUCAGAAUCAGUAAAAAGAGCAGAUAGCAUGUAGUUAAAACCAAACCCAAACCAGGGGAAAAGCUACUGACUGCAGUUAGUGAUUGCAGUGCGGGGGAGGAGACUCAAAAGGGAAAUCACAAGAGUUAGGCAAAGCAAAGGUCCCUCUAAGGCUGUCCCUCAGUCCAAAGGGACCUCUUCGAGUCCCAGAUUAUUUUUACCUGUGUGGGUGAGGAAUGGAGGAGCACAGUGCUGUUCUGUGCAUUCCUUUGUUCAUUAUGGGACUUGUAUGUAGACUGUGCACAUGGUCCUUUCUGGCUAGCGGUGGUGGAUGUCCUGCUACGAUCAAAAUCCAGAAAUUGCUCAAAAUUUCUCCCAUGAAAUCUCAGAUGAUAAGAAAACCAAUAAUCAACCUGGUAUGAACAGAUCUACACAUCUGAGCAGCAUUUUUUUUCAUAACAUGCCUGUGCUCUGAACAGAGAGUGGGAGCUUCUGAGCCAACAGUGAAAGUAAUCACAGCAGCUCUGCAUCUGCCCUUUUGGGUGCAGUAAGCAGAUACAGUUUCAUAAAUAGUGUUAACUGAUACCAAAAUCUUAUGCAAGCCAAAUUGCCUUUUCUGUACCUGCAAAGAUGCUUGUGUUCCAUCUGCAUUUUCUAGAGUUCUAAAAUAAUGUGGUGUGCAGUUUCUGUGCUGACCAUUGACUGGAGUUCAGUGAGCUCAGGUGUUUGUUGAUUUGAAAGACUUUAGGUUACCAGUUAAUCUUUUGCAACAUCUAUAAAUAAUCAUAAUGCUUUUUCCAAUAAAUUGCUUUUUUUAGAUA